AUGGCGGUCUUCAAGAAGAAGCCAAAAGCCAAGGAUGAUACUUACAUCAUUCCUCCAGCUGCAUCGUCGGACCCAGCGCUGCCGACAAAAUUGUCCCGCAGUUUGAAGCGCAAACCGAAGAAUGUGGUAGAGCCGAAGCCCGAGAUUGACCUUACGACUGUGCUUCCAGAUAAGAAUGACUUCCGGACCAGUCUACUCAUGCCUGGGUUGUCGGCUCGCUUCAGUAUGCUCCGGGAGCAGGACGACCCAAAUACCAAAGUUGGCAAGGCGAGCGACGACAGUGUUUUGUUCCCCAAGAGAGCAUCUCGGCUGAAUCUGUUCUCUCAUAAUCCUCUUACGGAUAUUGCCGAGACCGAAUCAAUACAGACUGCGUUCAGGGCACCAUUCGCAGAUGAGGAACGUUCCUACUCACCUUCCGAAGGAGCUGGAUAUGCGAGUGACGAUGCUGGGUCCGUGCUCGCGAGGUCGAGGCCCGUAGACGGCAAUAACCUUUUUGGCGGUCGGCAGAAGAUGUACCGGAUCCCGACGGCCAAUGGAUCAGGCUCGUCCAAAGAUUUGACAGAAGCCCAUCUACCAUUGACAGCUGGAAGACAUGUUUAUCAGAAUGAUGUUAUUCUGUCCCCAUAUCAACAGAUGCGCCUCAAGGCUCGGGAGGAGCAGGAGCGCGAGGAAUCCCGCGAGAGAUCCGCCAGUGCAGGAGCCGAAGAGUCUGACCGGACCAGUGUCAUCAACACUCCUUCAACAGGUUUUAGCAAGAGCAGGGGCACAACAUCAUCGACCGCUUCAGGCCCUUCAAACCGGCGCACCUCUACGGCCGCUACCUCGGUCGUGUCGGACACACCACAUCCUAGGCAAAGCAACACGAGCGCUGGCUCCAACCGCAUGCACGGUUCUGAAUAUGACAGCGAAGAGAACCUGCUGAAGCGCAACUUUUCUGCCGAUUCUCGGAAAGGAUUUUCAGGGUUGGACAACCAGGCUCAGCCUCCAUUACCCACGUCCCCGUCGAAUAGUCGUCAACUAUUUCAAUCAAGCAGUGUCAGCAACCUUGCGGACAAGUAUGCUCAGAGCGCUUCUCCAUUCUCGACAAGCGCCUUCCGCGAUGCGAGUCCACCACCAGCCGUCCAGUCACAGGCACUGGCUUCGCUCGACUUUGGCCUCAAAAGCCCCCCUAACCAUCCACGUAGGUAUCAGACUGCGUCUCCAACGAACGACGAAGAUGAUGGGUCAAUCUACAAACAAAGUCUUCAGCCGAACGAUCGUGGCAAGGCCACAGCCAUGGGAUUGUUCAACCGUCCGCAGCAACAAUUUGACGAGGCCAAAUUCCAAGAGCGACAGUUGCAAAUGCACGGAGGCAGAAUAUCACCACCCAACUCUGACGCUCCCGACUAUGGCGGGAUUACAGAGCGGCAGAACGUGCCUGGACGAGUCGUUCUCCCCACCAUUCCAACUUCUCCAAUGAAAAGUUUCCGCGGUCGAGAAUCCGGCAGCACUUCGGUCACUAGUCGAUCAAGAGCACAAUCAACCGCUUCCUCUAUCAAUCCAGCACAGAUCCAGGCCCAAGUGGAAGCACUGAUCAGGCGCCAGAAUGAGGAAUACUCGACACUCAAACCACAGAAAUCUACAGCGGCUGAGCCAAGCAUUCCCCAGGGGUUGUCACAACCUCCUAGGUCGCUCAGAGAGCAGCCUGCGGCAUCCAGGGGAACCUUUUUCGACACUUUCGACGGCAGUGAUGACGAUGAUGCUGACAGCCCUAUGCUAGGCCGGUACGAGCCAGCACCGAGACUUGCUCCGAUGGAUGUCCACCCGGCCCUAAGGGACGAUUCACAAGCUUUUGACUUUGGCGAACAUAUCUCGGCCAUUAUCCAGCCUGGUCGGCCGGAUUCAAACAUAUCGGCGGAUACUUCUUCACCCUCCAUGACGCACGAUACUCCGGAUACGUCGGAUUCACUUCACCGUUCCUCCCACACAAAGGGCAGGGAUUCCCCACCUUUUGGCCCAACUACGGGAUUGGGCCUGAGUGGUUUGAUCAGGACUCACUUGAGGCAAGACAGUGACAGAUCAUCCAUAGUACCACCAUCACCAGGACAGCAUCCGUAUGGAUCCAACUUUCCACUCAACACCCUUCGUGAUCGCGAGCCCUCUAUUGUCUCGGUUCCAGCGGGCAAUUAUCGAAGCCCUGAACGUCAGAGGCGGCCAUCUGCAGCGUCUACUCAACCGGGCAAUUAUGCCUCGUCUCUCCGCGACAGAGAGCCAUCAAUUGCCUCCACCGCUCGUACAACCAACCCUCCGGAGAGUACUCACAGUGAUCCCUGGGAAUUUGAUAAUGCUCAUCGUACUGUACGGAGUCCACUUGAGCCGGUGCAGAAUGAUGUUAUUCCCGCCAUGUCUCAGAAAGCACAACAGAUACUGGGGCAGGCAAUAUCUCAUAGGAACCAAGCUUCGAACAAAACACAACAGAUCCUAGGUGAUGAUGCCCCCGGGUCGGGAGAACAUCAACAACCUGCAAACAGACCGUGGCGACCAUACGAUGCGGCCUCUCAUCAGCGAGGAGAAAGCACGGAGACUCAGAAAGAAUUUGGGAAUGAGCUAGCUGAACGCGCAAGGAGAAUUCAAGAAGGUCUGAAAGGCGUCGCAGAAGCCGAGAAACGGUCUCGAAGUCAGGAUCGCCACAAUCCCGCCGCGCAGGCCUUACAUGCUCUUCGACAUAAGACCAGCAAAACGUCCCUUGGACCCAGAGUCAAUGAACCUCAACCAAAAGCUAUGAAGAUGCUCGGGAUUGGAGUUGGCCAAAAACCAGAGCCCAUGGGACGAUCACCAAACAUGGGAGCAAGAGGCGACUUUGAUUUCGAACAAGGAUAUGACGAGACUGAGCAGCGACCCACCCCGAGACAGAGACCAGCCGAGUUUGAGCCCCCGAGUGGCAGACGGACUCCUGGAUUCUCGCGGCCUGGACCUGGGCCAGGGCAAGGGCCCUACCCUCCGAACUUGAUGGAAGAUCCCGAGCGACGGUACCACCGCUCUGCGACACCCACCGGGAGAGUGAGACGUGAUCGAGCCGAGUCCGAGGCUGCCGAGAGGUCGAGAAGUCGGACUGGUCGGUAUCGAGACGAUCAGCCCUAUCCGCCAGGGGAAUAUGGCAGAACAGGUCCGCCUCACCUACCAUUCAACCGAGAGCAGCAACAACGUCCUCAUGGUCCAUUUGAUGGGCCACACGGAUAUCCUGGCCCCCAUGCUCCCCGCAUGCCGCUGCGAGGUCCUCCUCCGGUUGAUCCACGGAACUAUGAGAGAUCUGCAUCAGCCAUGUCAAAUCGACGACCAAGCGCCCCUCGCCCCGUGCCAGCUGGCUUUUUGGAAGGGCGUUCAGCUACGCCGACAAUGGGUGGAACUCCCCAACUUGGGCCAGGACCGAUGCCAGUGGGAGCACCAAGACCAUCUCCUCGGCCCCCCUUCCCGCACUCGCCCAUGAGUCCUUUUACAUCUCCUCCCGGAAUUUCGCCCGGCCUCCCGAAUGGUCCAGCCUCUGGGGUGGCCUCUGCUCUGCCAUCUCCGGCAGGGCCUUUACCGCAACCACCCACUUCAGGACGCUUCACCCCGAUUGAAGGGCGAUCCACUCCAGUAGGAAGCCGCAAGAAAUCCGUAACCAAGGGCAUGAUCUCGGAACCAACAUUCAUUUCCAGCACGUCUUCGGUGCCCCUGGUUGGUUUGCCCAAUGGACCAAGGCCAAGUCAAAUUGCAAGCCCACCCAUUCCAUCUAUGAACCCACGGCGCCGUGGUAAUACCAUGACUGAGCGACCUGACGGAUACCCCAGUCCGCGGAUGCCUGCAUCCCAGAUGCCACCAAUGCCAGAUUCUCCAGGUCGUGGCGGGGCUUCGCCGAUGUCUGCCGCGCAGCGUGCUUAUCUCGAUCAACAGCAGCAGGUGCACCAAAAGCCCCCUCCACGCGCGCGGAAUCGCCUCCGCAAGAUCAGCAGCGAAGGCGGAAGCAUGGCAGCUCGGGCCAGAAACCAGGCCAUGAUGUCUGAAUUCGGCCACGAGAGGCUUCGAAGUCCCGCGAUGCCAGUGUUUCCUAAUCGCAGUGCUACGUCUCUAAGCAUUCAUCAAGAUGGCGGCAUGUUCUGA